AUGUCAAGGAGUAAUAACACAUCUCCAUAUAUUUACAUAUAGAAUUAUCUAUUUUGUUUUUUAAAUAUUAUCUUAAUUUUGUAAAACAUUAAACUUUAGCAUACAGAAUAACAUUAAAAUGUCUAUUAAAUAUUCAUGUGAAGAUUUUCUAGGAUUUCAGGAAGCGUUAAAGAAAAUGAGAGAUAUUGACGAUAAAAUUAUAUACGCAUUGAAUACAUCACUUCCAACUGAAUCUUUUAAAGGACAAUUUAAUGGUGAAUCCACUUGUAGAGAUCUCUAUGAUAAAUUAAACACAAGUCAUAAGCAAAGAGAAACUGCUUUAAAACAAUGUAUAUUAUUUUCUGCGGAUCAUGUUAAGGCUUUGAAAGAAAAAAGAGAUAACAACAGGGAAGAUAUUGAUCUUGAUAAAAAAUACAAGUCUGCUCAAAGAAAGUUGAGAGUUUUGCAAUACGAACUGAAUGUAGAAGAUAUAAUUAAAGAUAGAUCUUAUAAAGCUUUUAAUGAAAAGUGUAGAAUGUACUUCCAAGCGGGAGCUGGUUUAUGAAACACAAAAUCCAUGAUGAAAAAAUUGUAGUGCAUUUUAAUUUUUUAUAAAAUAUAUAAAAGUAAAUUUUACAUUUUUUUGAACUAUAAA